AUGUCCAAAGAGAUGGAAGAAAAGGGCGAGAAGAUUCUGAACAUGGACAGCAAGGUGCUGUGGUACCCGGACUCUAAGAGGAACACGCUAAUGGACACGUUUAGGACUCGGGUCAACGCGGACUACGGACUUAAUCUGGCUAACUACAAUCACCUGUAUCAGUGGUCGGUGGACAGCUAUCCAGAUUUUUGGGGAGAAGUUUGGCGUUUCUGUGGAAUUCUCAGCUCCAAAAUAUACGAGGAAGUUGUGGAUGCAACGAAGAAGAUCUCGGAUGUUCCAGAGUGGUUUAAAGGAGCUCGACUUAACUACGCGGAGAACCUGCUUAAACAUCCCGACCAGGACAAAGUGGCUCUCUAUGCUGCACGGGAAGGAGGAGAGGAGAUUGUGAAGGUAACCUUUGGAGAACUGAGGCGAGACGUGGCCUUGUUUGCCGCCGCCAUGAGGAAGAUGGGAGUCCAGACUGGAGACAGGGUUGUAGGUUACCUGCCUAACGGGAUCCACGCCGUGGAGGCCAUGUUGGCAGCAGCCAGCAUCGGGGCCAUUUGGAGCUCCACCUCUGUAGACUUUGGAGUCAAUGGAGUUCUUGACAGAUUCUCUCAAAUCCAGCCCAAACUGAUCUUUUCUGUUGCUGCUGUGGUUUACAACGGCAAAACCCACGACCACAUGGAAAAGCUCACAAACGUUGUGAAAGGUCUUCCAGACUUGAAGAAAGUAGUUGUCAUUCCCUACGUUCGCUCCAAACAGGACACUGACCUCUCCAAGAUCCCAAACAGUGUGUUCAUUGAUGACUUCCUGGCUUCUGGGCGUGGCGAGGGCGACCAGUUUCCUCAGCUGGAGUUUGAGCAGCUUCCGUUCAGUCAUCCUCUGUUCAUCAUGUACUCAUCUGGAACUACUGGAGCUCCUAAAUGCAUGGUCCACUCAGCUGGGGGCACCCUCAUCCAGCACUUGAAGGAGCACAUUCUCCAUGGCAACAUGACUGCCAGCGAUGUCAUCAUUUACUACACUACGACUGGCUGGAUGAUGUGGAACUGGCUCGUGUCCGCUCUGGCGGUGGGCGCCUCCGUGGUUUUGUACGACGGCUCUCCGCUGAUGCCCACUCCCAAUGUUCUGUGGGACCUGACAGACAAGCUGGGAAUCACUAUUUUUGGUACCGGGGCCAAGUGGCUGUCUGUGCUGCAGGAGAAAAACCUCAAACCCGCGGAAACUCACAACCUUCAGUCUCUCCACACCAUCCUGUCCACUGGAUCUCCUCUCAAACCUCAGAGUUACGACUUUGUCUAUCGCUGCAUCAAAAACAACGUGCUGCUGGGUUCCAUCUCAGGUGGCACUGACAUCGUGUCAUGUUUCAUGGGUCAGAACCCGACGGUUCCAGUGUACCGAGGAGAAAUCCAAACCAGAAAUCUUGGCAUGGCUAUAGAAGCAUGGAGUCCUGAUGGUAAGCCGGUGUGGGGGGAGAGCGGGGAGCUUGUCUGCUUGAAGCCAAUCCCCUGCCAGCCAACACACUUCUGGAAUGAUGAGAAUGGAAGCAAAUAUCAUAAAGCUUACUUUUCUUCAUAUCCAGGUGUGUGGGCGCAUGGAGACUACUGUAAAAUCAACCCAAAGACAGGAGGCAUCGUCAUGCUGGGCAGAAGUGAUGGAACACUAAACCCCAACGGAGUCCGCUUUGGGAGCUCCGAGAUCUACAACAUCGUGGAGGCCUUUGAGGAGGUGUCAGACAGCCUGUGCGUCCCUCAGUACAACUCUGACGGCGAGGAGCGAGUCAUUUUGUUCCUGAAGAUGGCGCCUGGAAAGUCCUUCUCUCCGGAGCUGGUGACGAACAUUAAAGGAGCCAUUAGGAAAGCGUUGUCGGCGCGUCACAUCCCCGGCCUGCUGCUGGAGACCAAAGACAUUCCUUACACCAUCAGCGGGAAGAAGGUGGAGGUGGCCGUCAAACAGAUCAUUGCUGGUCGUGAGGUGGCGCAGAGAGGAGCCUUCUCCAACCCGGACUCGCUGGAUCUUUACAAGAACAUUCCAGAGCUGAAAAACUUUUAGAGACUUUGCAGGACUGGAGCAGAACAGACGUACUCUGAGCUUUAUACUGACACCUUCAUCAAUAUAUUAACAGUUAUAUAUUUGCUAAAGUGUUGCCGUAGGGAGACGACUGUGGAGACUAAUGUUGAGAUGAAUGAAGCUUUAGUGUCGGCGUGCACGACUGUCCCUCUGUUCAUGCAGUGCAAACGGCUAAAUGUGUUUUAUGCGGUGAAGAACUCACACCAAACAUACGGAGCUUAUCUACUGAAGUAAUUUAUUGAUCUUUUACUGUAUGAGAUGGUCAAACCUUGAACUACCUAUAUGUAAAUGGUUAUCUUCCAUGUUUUUAGGCAAAGAUGUGACUUCACGCCGAUUCAUUAAAGACACUAAGUUUUCACGGUACAGCUGCAGUAUACGUACAUGUCAGAUACAAUGUCUGUGUCCUACAACUGUUUGGAAAAGUCAUUUAUGGUACACACUGUUUGUACUUUUACAUACAAAGAACUGUAUUUAUUUUAAAUGUCUGUAUCAUUCAUGAAACCCAGAGGAUAAAAAUACUUUUAAGGGAUUUAUUGCUGCUUUUUCUUGUGCUUAGACUUAACUUGUAUUUAGUUUGAAGAGUGAAGAUGGCUGAUCAGACUGUGAACCGACGAGGAAUCUUUCCUACAAAAACCAGACGGGCAUCCAACGUUUCUGCAUUUUAUUUUGACAUCCAGGGAACAUUUUCUUACAUUUUUGUUUUUACUGAUUGUUUAAAGAGUCAGUCUUUAAUGUUGUGCUUGUUUGUCUCAAUUUUUUUUUUUUUUAUCAAGGCACUGUGUUGUUUGGAGCUGCAUCAGGUGAAAAAUCAAUAAAAUAACAUUUUUAACAAAUGGAUGAAGGCUGAUUUUUAUGAAGUUAGAUUUGUUGCUAAAUUGUUGCUUGUUUGUAAAAAAAAAA